GAUAAAACAAUUCCCGCUCUCUGAUUUCCUUGCAGAAAUCUGCUGGCCGCACUUAAUAAAUGAAAACGCGGAAGAUGAGCGCGGCUGUGUCGGCGGUACAAGGAGGAACACAGCGCGGGAUCAUUCCCGGAGGAGGGUGAGCCUUGGUCCCGUUCCAGCCGGGAAGCGGGCGCGGCCUGGAUUUCCUCGUGGGAGGAGCCUUUCCAGGGCUGUCUCGAAGGAUGGAGAAGAAGAAAAUCCUGAUGAAGUCCAAGGUCGCUGCUCCCAACCUCCUGAGGGCACUGCAUUCCCUGUACCAGUUCGGGCACCUCUGUGACGUGACGGUUCACACCCAGCACCUGGGAAUCCAGGAGGAGUUCCUGGCGCACAAAGCCGUCCUGGCAGCUUCCAGCAACUACUUCAAGGGGCUUUUCCUGCACGAGGAGAUGCUGGACACCAAGACUUGCACGGUGACCCUGCAGGACAUCUACACGGAGGAGUUCACCUCCUUCCUGGAGUUCGUGUACACCGCAGAAGUGGAGAUCGAAGCGGAAAAGCUCCAGCGGAUGAAGGAAAUAGCCGAGAGGCUGGAAUGCAAGGAUCUGCUUGACAUCUGUGAAGAAGUGAAAGCAGAGGGCAGGAAGGGCUUGGAUCUGAGCCUCCACCUGAAAGGACAGAGGGGUGAGAAUGGUGGAUCCCAGUGGCCUCACAUCCAGCACGAGGAGAGCCCCGGCCUGAGGAGCUCUUCCCAGGUUGUGGCAAUUCCCGUGCAGAGGAAACUUUGGGACAGGCAAAAACAUAAGAAGUUGCUGGCGGGCCUUGAGCUCAUUGGAGGCCAAGCAGCGGGUCUGGAGCAAGAGGACGCUGGUUUUCCAGACCCAAAACCCAGGACAGCAAAGCUGCCAAAAUGUAGCAAUCCGGAUUCCACAAACGCACUCGGUGUGGACAUUGUUAGCCUGGAAAACGAGGAUAGUCGCUCCCUCCUAAGUCAGGCUGAGGCACAGGGAGCCUGCGUUGUGAUUAGGAACACUCUGCCCGAGCAGUGGGAAGACGGGAAGAGUUUGAUUUCCCAGUUUUCCCCUAAAACCGAACGCAGGAAGCUGCCGCGGCACGCGGCAAGAAUCCCAGCGCCGGCGGCGCGCGGGAAGCGCGGCGAAUCCUUCCGCGCGCUGGAGCAGUACCGGGAGCACGCGGAGCUCCGGCACGGCGCCGGCCUGGCCCUCGGGUCCCGCUGCGAGAGGUGCGGGCAGCGAUUCCCGGCUCCGCGGAACCUCCGGCAGCACCGCCACGAGCGCGGCUCCUCCCGCCACACCAGGGCCGCGCGCCGCAGGGACGCGGCCGAGCGGAUCCGCGGGGCGCCCCAGGGGAAGCGGGAACGCCGGGCCUGCCCCUACUGCGACAAGGUGGUCGGCUCCAAGUGCGGCCUGUCCGUCCACAUCCGGACGCACACCGGGGAGAGGCCCUACAAGUGCGAGCGCUGCCCCGCCAGCUUCGCCCACAGGUCCGCCUACACCGCCCACCUCAGGAAAAUCCACGAGUCUGGGCAAGAGAGGAAGCUCCUGCCCGUCUACUGGAUGGUGGUUCCACCUGCACCUGGACCAGACGAUCCCGGCAGAGAGCCUUGGGAUGUGACAUCAGAGGAAGAACCCGGGGGUUCAUCCACUGCUGAAGCAGACCGGAGCGAGGAGCAAGAGGAACAGAAUGGGAAACACAAGGAAGCUGAAGCAAGGAGUGAAGAAGGGAAUGAAGAUGAAGGUGAGAUGAGCGUGAAGGGCGAGGAGGAGGGAGAUUUCCAGGCGGGGUGCUCGGAAGUUGAAGGAGGCACAGCCAAAGAGGUGUGUCCCGAGGAGGACGGGGGAGACUCGAACGAGAAGGACGGCGAAGAACACGAAUCAGACGAAGGGUCUAAACUACAGAAGGUCAACAAAAGCGGGGCCAACAAGAACCCCCCGUACGUGAUCCGGUGCGACAAGUGCCACGAGCAGUUCAUUUCCCGGAAGAGAUACGUGGACCACUGCCGGGACGCGCACCAGUGCCUGCCCGGCAAGGCGUACCGGUGCGACGUGUGCGGCAAGGCCUUCGCCAGCUACACCAGCUGGAAGGAGCACCGGGCCUGCGUCCACACGGAGGAGAGGCGCUUCUCCUGCCCCCUCUGCCACGCCACCUUCAAGCGGCAGCGGGACGUGCGCACCCACUCCGUGCGGAAGCACGAGGGCCGCGCCAAGCGGCCGCUCUGCUCCGUGUGCGGGAAGAUCCUCAGCUCCCGCACGGCGCUGGUGUUCCACAUGCGCACGCACACCGGGGAGAAGCCCUACGAGUGCGGCAUCUGUCACUCCAGGUUCGCGCAGCCGUCCCAGCUGAAGAUCCACACCAGGUCCCACACGGGUGAGAAGCCGUAUAUUUGUGAGGACUGCGGGGCUUCCUUUGCCGACAAAGGAAAACUCACGGGCCACAAAAGGACACACACAGGAGAGCGCCUGUUCAAGUGCGACGUGUGUGGGAAGCACUUUGCCACCAAGGAGUACCUGAAGUGCCACAAGCGCUGCCACAUGGGCGCCAAGCCCUACAAGUGUGAGGUGUGUGGGAAAACCUUCGGCCUCAGGGCCUCCCUGGCCCAGCACAGCAACGUCCACGCAGAACCCCCCUCUCCUAACUGCCGUGUCUCCCGGGAUUGUUUGUUCCCAGAGACCCGCCCCUAUUUCUGCGAGCAGUGCGGGAAGACCUUCACCCAGCAGGGAGCCCUGCGGCGGCACCAGCGCAUCCACACCGGGGAGAAGCCCUACAAGUGCCGGGCCUGCGAGAGGACCUUCACCGACAUGUCCACGCUGCGCAGACACGUGGCGAUUCACGACCGGAAUGCUCACUGGAGAAGUUUCCUAAUCGAUCUCACCACCAAAAAGGACCAUAACUGGUCCAAAAUAGAGACAUUUGGGGAAGCCCAGGCAGGAGGAGGCUCCGCCCCAGAGAUUUGGUCAAUGGACCAAGGGAAACUUUAUAAACCAGAAGGUGCCAAAACAGCAGCACAGGUGGCACCUGGUGCUGGGGACACCAGGGACACCGACCGCUCUCUCUUGUACUUGUAAGGUCAGUUUUGGCCCCAAAAAUGUGCGGAAUGGGGAAAAUUAUCCCUCAGAACUGGGGGAGUUAUCCCCAGUGCUGCAGCUGGAGUCCAGGUGGAGAAGGGGGUGUAAUCCCUGCUGAGGGUAUUUAUUCCAGUGAAACGUUUAGAUCUGUCCCAAGUUUUAUUUUCCAAACCCGUGGAUGCACCUCAGAGCAUCCCAUUGGGAACGGGGUGGGGUGGGGAGAGUGUGUGUGCGUGUUUAUACAGGCGCAGCGCGGUAAAUCACCAGUUUCUCUUUUA